AUGGAAGACGUCACCGGCGUCCGAGAUCAGGACGACUCGGGUUCCGCUGUUGCCUCCGGAGUAGCAGGCCCCGAGGACCAGCACCAGAAGCUCACACGUCGGCGAAGAUGCUCCGAUACACCUGCCUCGUCCUUGUCUCCGUCGUCUCCGUCUCCUUCCGCUUCCCGCUCAGAUGAGGCUGUUGCUGCGAGGGAGGGCGGAGAGCUGCGAAGCGUCGUAGGCACCGUGCGGUUUCUCGCGUCGUUGCCUGCGAGAGCCUUUCAGCAGACAGUCCACCUCCUCCAGGCUGUGGUUCAGUGGAUUUCCCGACUCAUCGACCUUGCUUCCUUAUUUCUCUUCACUCCUCCCGCGCAGCCCCUCGAGGUGAUCUACGAACGCCAGUUCGGGAGAAAGCAUCCCGCUUUUUUUCCCGGAGCUGCGCAAGAGGCCUUCGACACCGCAAGGCAAACCGACCGCUUGCUCGCGGUGUACUUACACUCACAGCAGAACGCGGCGGCUGAUCGCUUUUGCAGAGAAACCCUCACGGACGACCUCGUCAUCGAUUUGCUGGACAACACAUGCGUCUUCUACGCGACAGAUGCGUCUGUGUCUUCCUCUGAGGGCGCACGUUUGGCCCGGGCUUUCUUCCCCUCGGCGUCUUCUCGCCUGCCUGCGUUUCUCCUGCUUCUGCCGCAAGCAGCCUCAGCGCCAUCUCCUGGAGCGUCGACUUUCUCGUCGCUCACAGCACCGCCCGCGAGUCGACACCGCGUCUUGCUGGCUUCGCUCCGGGCGGAAACUUUCCCGGACACCGCUGGCCUCAUUGCCGUCUUGCUGCACGGCCAAGAGAAGGCCGAGGAAGUCCGAGAGGCCAAGCGCCAGCAAAUGCGAGAACGCGAAGAAAACAGACUGCUGCGUGAAGAGCAGGAACGGGAGUUCGCAGAAGUGAUGCGCCUGGAAUCCAUCAAACGCGAGGAACAGGAGACGCGACGGCGGAAGGAAGAAGCGCGGCGAGACCGCGAAACGCAGAGAAAGGAAGCGGCUGCUGCCCGACGGCAGGAGCGGCGAGCGCAUGCAGAGAGGCUCCGGGAGCAGGAAGAAAACGCACCAGUCGCCUCAGGGAUCGAUCAGCGCACAGCGGGAGCGGCGACACUCCUCGAGGCAGGCCUCCACCCCAACAGCGCUGUCCUGCUCGUCCCCUCAGACGACGAAGAAGAUUAG